AUGAAGGAACUUCGAGUGACAAUGAGGUUAUCUAAAAUCAAGACUGAGCUUGAUAAGAUGCACCAGAAUGAUCGAAACUACAGCACUAGUGGAAUAAAAAAUGAUUGUUCAAGUGAUAAAAUUCCAGAAGACAAGAAUGAUGGAAAAGAAGAUAGUAAGCAUCAACCAGAAAGAAAGGAACGUCUGGAUGAUACACAAGAAAAGAAAGAAGAAGAUAACAAAGAACAAGAAAGUGAGUCGGAUGAGAAGAAUGAAGAAGACGAAGACGCAGAUGAAGAAUACGAUGACAAUGAAGAAAAAGACGGUGAGGAUGAAGAAAAUAAUGAUGAAAGUGAUCAAGACGAAAACAAUGACAGUGAUGAAGAAGAUGAUGAUAGUCAUCCUGACAGUGAUGAAUCUCCUAUUAUAGGAAACACUAAAGUGGAACCCGAAAGAACUCCUGAGCCUCACAACAACCCUCUCGAAAACUCUCCUCAGGCUCAGAACACUCCAUCCAAUGCAAGAAACGACUCCUGUCUGAGAUCAGCUAGUGAUGACAAACGGGAAGCAUCACCAAGUACGAGACAUGACGACUCUGGUCGAAAAGAGAUAAGUGUUCAAACACCUUAUCGAGCAGAGCAAAUUGAAGCAAAGUCGACCCUAUUACUCCUUUCGGACACGCUCAAGGCACUAAGUCACAAUGUGAAAGGACAAACGCUCAACGAGAGCAUGACACUCAGAAGUUGGAUGACUUGUCUUCUAAGAUGA